AGAAGCUGUAGUUGACGGCAAGGUUGUACUUUUGUAAACAUAACCUGCAAAACAGUAUUAUUUUUGUGUUGUAAAAUUUCAACUAAACUUCAUGCCAGAAAUAAAAAUAACACCUUUGGGUGCAGGACAAGAUGUGGGUCGUAGUUGUAUACUGUUAUCCAUGGGCGGUAAAAAUAUAAUGUUAGACUGCGGCAUGCACAUGGGUUAUAAUGAUGAAAGGCGAUUCCCGGACUUCUCCUUCAUAAGCAGCGAAGGCCCCAUUACAUCUUAUAUCGAUUGCGUCAUAAUUUCUCACUUUCACCUCGAUCACUGCGGUGCGUUACCGUACAUGUCUGAAAUGGUCGGCUACACAGGACCGAUUUAUAUGACCCACCCUACCAAAGCGAUAGCACCGAUACUGUUGGAAGACAUGCGAAAAGUGUCUGUAGAGAAAAAGGGUGACAGCAAUUUUUUUACGUCUCAAAUGAUAAAAGAUUGCAUGAAAAAAGUUGUGGCAGUUACAUUACAUCAGUCUGUAAUGGUUGAUAAUGAGUUAGAGAUAAAAGCGUAUUACGCCGGUCACGUUUUGGGAGCAGCAAUGUUUUGGAUUCGUGUUGGUUCUCAAUCCGUGGUCUACACGGGCGAUUACAAUAUGACACCAGAUCGUCACUUGGGAGCUGCUUGGAUUGAUAAGUGUAGGCCCGAUUUACUGAUAACCGAAUCAACAUAUGCAACUACAAUUCGGGAUUCUAAAAGGUGUCGCGAACGGGACUUUUUAAAAAAAGUGCACGAGUGCAUUGAUCGUGGCGGUAAAGUUCUAAUACCGGUCUUUGCUUUAGGCCGAGCACAAGAGUUGUGCAUAUUAUUAGAGACUUAUUGGGAAAGGAUGAACUUAAGAGUACCCGUGUACUUUGCGUUAGGUUUGACUGAGAAGGCUAAUAAUUACUACAAAAUGUUCAUUACAUGGACAAACCAAAAAAUACGAAAAACAUUCGUGCAGCGCAACAUGUUUGAUUUCAAACACAUAAAGCCUUUUGACCGUCAGUACAUCGACAACCCUGGUCCCAUGGUGGUAUUUGCCACUCCUGGUAUGUUGCAUGCCGGUCUGAGUUUAACCAUUUUUAAAAAAUGGGCACCUAACGAAAAUAACAUGGCAAUUAUGCCUGGUUUUUGUGUGCAAGGUACUGUCGGUCAUAAAAUUUUAAACGGUGCUAAAAAGAUCGAGUUUGAAAAUAGGCAAGUAGUCGAAGUAAAAAUGUCCGUAGAAUACAUGUCGUUUUCUGCACACGCCGAUGCUAAAGGCAUUAUGCAAUUAAUACAAUAUUGUGAACCACAAAAUGUGCUGCUUGUACACGGGGAAGCGGCAAAGAUGGAGUUUCUGAAAAACAAAAUAAAACAAGAGUUCAAUAUAGAAUGUUACAAUCCCGCUAAUGGGGAAACGUGUGUCAUAAAUACCGCCGUUAAAAUUCCAGUAGAUGUCUCUCUGUCACUAUUAAAAGCCGAGGCGAAAAAGUUUAACGCUUUACCCCCUGAUCCGAAACGACGGCGAACACUGCAUGGUGUUCUUGUAAUGAAAGACAGUUCCGUAUGUUUGAUGGAUGUGGAUGAGGCUUGUAAAGAAGCAGGAAUCAAUCGACACGUCAUUAGGUUUACCUCAACUGUUCACCUCCACGAUCCAGGAUCGUCAUUAUCAACUGCCCAUAAGCUACAUUCACUUAUGAUUGAAAAGCUCCCGGAGUGGUCAUUCACGUUUACAGAUGGCUCAAUAUCGGUUGAAACUGUACUUGUCAAAGUAGAAGGUGAAGACGAUGAUCAAAAAAGUGUAUUUGUCUCUUGGACCAAUCAAGAUGAAGAGCUAGGAAGUUAUAUUUUAAAUUUAUUAAAUUCUAUGGGGCAUUAAUGCCACUCAUUGUAUUAUUAAGUUAAAUAGAGAUAACAAAUAAAACUUUGUAUAUA